GAUCUCGGAGGCACCCAUUCAUCCUGUCAGUCUAGUUUCGGCCGGCAGCAACGAAACAGCAAAUGGAUCAGGGAGCCGACAGACUGACCGUAACCUGCAGUACCGUAUCACGCAGCACGGCUGCCCAUCACUGUAAAGUGUGUUGCAGAGCGUAAAAGGUGAACGAAGUAGUUUGGAAAAACCAACAGACCAGCGCAUUGAAUCAGUCCCAAUUAUUGGAACCCAACAAGCUCCAGUGCAGUUAGUGUUCGCAUGUGUGUGUGUGAUGCUGCCGGAUAGUUGGUUGAUUGCGUUUCACUAGCACGCUCUAGACUACUAUCUACAACUCUCAGCUGUUCGCAUCCUAUCCUUACCGCACAAAGUUGACAAUUUGUUGCGCUUCUACUAAAUCGUGUGAUGCUCUAACCUGACACGUUAUCUGCUUCAUUGGUCCUCGAUAAAUCAAAGCAAGUCGCUGUAUAUGCUCACUGAUGUGCACUGUUGUGUUAAAAGGCGUCAAGCAUACAAAGAUAUCGAAUGCGACACUUUACGCAUAGUGCUUAUACUUUGAGGCUCAUUGAACCCACUCCGCUAGAUAUACAUAAUUAGAAACAGGGAAUAAAACAUCAAAGUGUUGCCGUUAUUAUUAUUAACACCAUAUUCAGUGAUCGUGCGUGAUCGACAGUGUUUAUUUAUUCGUCUUGAAAGCACAUAAAACGUGUUGUUUGCGCCUCUGGAAAAUUGUGUUCUAUUACAUCGCCCUAUCCGUUAAACGGGGCGUAAAAAAGGCCUUCGUAUCUUAUCGGACAGCCAGCACCAUCUAGCCAUGUUUUCCCUGUGCGCUAAACCUGCCAGUGGCAACGGUUCCUCCAGGACGUCCCAACAGCUACAGCAAGUAACCUGCAAAAGUUGCAACUCUACCGUGGGGAAACAGAUCAAAGGAGGAUAUUUACUGCGCUACAAAAAACAAGUCCUAUGGAGCCGCUGGUCGGAGGAAUGGGUUGUGCUGUACGAUGACUCCACCAUGGCCUGGUUUACGGAACCGGGCCGCUCGUCACCUGCCGGCAAAAUUCUAGUCAAAGAGGCACCGGAAAUGCUUGCAAUCGCACACUGGACCGGUCAGAUACCUCGGCGGCCACCUCUCCCGGAUGGCGUCAGUGUGUCGCAGUUGAUAGCGCUCGGGUCGCGUCGGAAGCGUUCCAAAGUGUACUGGAUGAUUGCAAAAUCAGAAGAGGAAGUUAGCGACUGGAUUGCUGCCAUCACAAAGACGCUUCCCCCACCGCCACAAAUUGAGCUGGUUGUCGAUAAACCACAUCUGAUGGGCGUUUUACGAAGACCUAUUGUACGGAUACGACCUGCAACCAGCUCAGAAGUGUCUGCCCGGCGGAAAAAUCGCCAUACAAUCGAACAUAACACGACCAAGGUGAAGGGUGAGGCAGCAGUUGCAAUCAUCAAGAAAAACGCACAGGAUACGACCGAUCCGAAAGGAUCGCUGGCUUGUGCUCUGCCCUGGGGCCAUGGUUGGGGUUGGGCGACCCUACCCAAUGGUAUCUGGAGCGGUGCACUAACCUGGUCGCAGUGCGAGGAUUCGAUUACUCUACACGCCCUACCGACGACUCACUGUACCAACAUGAUAGAAACACCGUGCGCCGGUGGAAUUUAUCACACCGACAUCGGGCCAUUCGAUUUCCACGGCAUCGAGGAUGUCGGCGGUGAAGACUUUGACUAUGCGAUGGACUGUGGAGAUUUCAUAUUUUAAGCUCAUUUCCGAGCAUCUUUGCGACAGAAAAGAUUGCUAAACGUGAGCGCGUCUAACGUCGAAUGCCCCCAGUCCAGGCAGCAUCUAGCAUCUUUCCCACAUGGAUCUGUCAUUAAUAGUAUAUGAACCAGAUGUUUUACAGUGUGUUAAAUUAGAUGUACAUCAACAAAAAUCAACAAGGAUUCUCCAUGUUCCCAAACUACCCAUAUUGCCUAUUAGGGGGGUGUGAAAAGCGUACUCACAACAAUAAAACAUUUCUGGUGCCCAGUUUCAAUGUAUCCACCGAUAGUGUGUAGUUAGUACUGCCGAAUGUAUGUAACAAAGUACACAAUCACAUGAUACCAACGGCCCACGUAUAGGUACUGCCGAAUUCGAUCGAAUGUUAAAACAAGGAUGAGCGAUAAUCACCAAUGGAGUUAUGUCGUUCGUAACUGCAAAUCUCAUCAUUGUAGCUUUGCCGGAGAAGGAGGAAGCAAAGUAGGGAGAUUCCCUCCGUGGCCGUGUUUAAAACCACUCCACACGAACCUGCAGAGCCUAUUGUCCCACGUAGACUGUAUAUGCUUAUAACGUCAUUGUAUAGGGUGAACAGAAUCGGUGUAUUGUGUAGACAUCCUUGGCCCGGUGUCGUGUUUCGUACAACAGUUACUGAGUGUAUGUAUGAUGGAGUGAUAAUGAUUGAUGUUACUGUCUACACUUCCCUUCAUCCCACCGUGUGCAAAUACGUUGCGACACUCCAUCACAUCUCAACGCAACGGGAAAUGUAAGGGUUAGCGGGAUUUAUGAACAAGAAGAAGAAGAAAACAUCAAAAUCAAACUGCGUCAUCUCAACGCAGCGGGAAUGUAAGGGUUAGUGGGAUUUAUGAAGAAGAAGAAGAAAAUGUCAAAAUCAAACAGCGUAUUUGAAGACGCAAACGGUUUGUAAUAAAUUUUGAAGAAAUAUAACACCGAAUCCAAAAAGCAUCUAAAUUUAACAUAAAACAGUAUUGCCUUCCCAAAAAAACAAUUAGAUAAUUCCUGUUUAGAAGUAUUGAUAAAAAAUGCAAACGAUCGUUUGAUACUUAGCAUUCAAAUAAUAGCAACAUUCUAUAUGCAAAACUGUUGGGCGCAAAUGAACCACAUACGAGCGGAAGCGUAGCAAAAGUGGAGAAACAAAUCAAAAGUAGGUUUAAAUGGCUCUUUUCACCCUGACGUUGAUAGGAUGCGACAUAUUAUUUACCACUCUUGAAAUAUUCCCGUUUUUGCGAUACUCUGCAAAAAAACCGUUCUACCGAAGAUAAAGAUUUAAACAUUGUUGCCGAUGAGAUGAGAUGAUUUUUAUAACAGAAAUACACUUACAAAGAAGUCAUUAUUUACCAUUAGUUCACUCUCUCAGAAUGGCGGUGUAAUGCACUGCUCGCGGGGAGAUUUGUCUAGUGUGAUGAGUUUAGAGUUAAGCGAUUUUGCUGGGUGGUAUGAAAUGCUUAUGAAGCAGAUCGACAAACAACGCGUACAACAAAUCCAAAGACCAAUUAAUUCUUUCUACCUGCUUUUUGUGAGAUCGUUACUCUACCUACUACCUACUCCUAGCAGCUAGUUCGUACGGAUGCGUAAGGAGAUACGCCACGCAAGCGCGUCCUUAUGUCAGACAAUUUGUGGUAAAGCUUAAUUCUACACUAACUUAACAUGGGCCGGUGCCUGUCCAGCCUUCGACCGGACCGGGCAGACCGCAAUCGAUUGCAGUGGAUAACAUUAAUUCAUAACUUGGGAAACUAGAAGCAAAGUGCAAAUUUAAAACACACACUUAUAUGCAUCGAUCGGGAUGUAAGAAUUGAAGAUUUGUAAACAAACACUCCCACACACAUACGUUAGUAAGACUGGCAAGCAGGCGCUGGAAGCGCUUUUUCAACUAACAAAGAAAGAAAAAUAACCAAGCUAUGCAAGCAAUGUGUCAGUUCGAGAUAUAUGUAAGUUUCAUUAGAUGCAGUGUUUCCAAAAAUGUGUAGACAUGCUAACGUGCACCAGAAGACUGCUGUCCUCCGAUUGGGAUGAGGCCAUCAGUCUUCGGAAAUCGCGUAGUAUAUUUUAACCCCGAACAAUACAAUAUACUCCAGAAAAUCAGUCCCCCCCCCCCCC